UACUUAAGGCCGGGUCUGUGAGCUGGUGGACCAGCGACCUGUCCUGACAGUGAGACAGGACGGACUCACCAGACGAGCAGCACGGUCCUUCUGUUGGAAUAUUUCUCUUCAUCGAAACAAAGAUGGCUGCUUCAUCUUCCUCCUCCUCCUUCGUUCCUCUCCUCCUCCUCUUCCUCACCGUCACCGUGGAGUCGAGACGACAACGAGACAACAAACAGGUCUUACACACUCUGUUCGGCUCUCGCCUCUCUUCUUUCAUCUUGGCCCCUCCCACCUCUGAUGACAUCACAGAGGGCUCAGCCGGACGCCCCGCCCCCUCCUCCUCCUCUCCCUCCACGGGAUUGGCCGUGAGUGGCGGUGCUGCGAGGGGAUUGGCCGGCGGCGGACAAGAGGUGGUCCCGCGGUUCUUCCUGGACCUCCUCCAGAGGCAGUCCAAGAUGAGGAGGCGGAGCAGGAAGUCCAUGAUCGGAGGAGGAAGAGGAUGCUUCGGGAUGAAGAUGGACCGCAUCGGCUCCAUCAGUGGGCUGGGCUGUUAAUAAAAGCUGACCUCUGACCUCCAGAGACUUCCUGCUGGAACUUCAACUAAACUAAAGGAAAUGUAGACAGGUAGACAUCCUACCAUUGACCUCUCACCUCUAACCCCUGGCUACUGCACAGCCAGCAGAACCCUGUGUGUGUGUGUGCAUAACUGUACAUUGUGCAGUCUCACUGCACGAUGUAAUUAAAUAAAAGACAAACUCCACUUG